AUGAUGCCCUGCCACAGCGCCUUCAACAAGGAAUUGAGUCUGCAUCUGCAGGUAUCGCUGGGCUCCAGAUACGAAUAUGAGUUCGUGCACAACUACAGAGUGCUGAAGUCCACUUUAGAGAGACUCAAUAUCGUCAAGUUUGUGGAUCGGCAGCGGCUCAUGUCAUCUCCCGAGCCGCAUGAGGCGCUCUUGAGGUGGUUCCAUCAGCGGUAUGCCGAUGUGCCCGUGCGAGCCAGCUAUGAUCCUGUCAAGCAGAGACAGGCCACGCAGGGUGGUGACAUCAAGGCUAUCCCCGUCCCUGUGAAGACCGGCAAGGUGUCCACGCCCAUGGCAGAUAUCGGAGGGAGGGCCAUCAAGCCGUCCAGCCUUCCAAAGAUCAACAAAGUGCCUCGGCUGGAGCUGCGCAAGGCGGCUGUGGGCAAGGCAGGUUCGCCGCCCAGGGGCGGCAAGAUGCCCUCCCCGCCCCGGCCGACCAAAUCGGCCUCGCCCCCCAAAGCCGGCUCACCGCCAAAGGCCGGCUCGCCGCCAAAAAGCGCGCGCGGCGGCUUCCGGCUGGCUGCCCUCAGCGCCGCGGUAGCUUCCCGGGCCGGCGCCAAGACCCCCCGCCUGCUGCUGGCGCGGACCCCCCGCAGCCCCACCGAGGGGCCCAUCUCGGCUCGGCGUACCUCCCCCAAAACCUCUCCCAUUGGGGGAACUAAGCGAGGCUCGCCCCCUCAUCGGCUGAGCAUAUCUGUGGACGCGGCCGCGGGUGCCAAGCUGGGCGGGGUUGUUUUCAAGGUGUCACCCAACAGCGGUGGCCUCACGCAGCGCACCCCCCGGCUGUUCCCGGCCCAGCUGCCCACUCCCCGCCAGCUCAGCAGCGCCUUCCGUACCCCUAGAGGGUUUGGAGGCACUCUCCCCACGCCCAGAGGGGCAGUGUCGGAGAGCAAGGCAGGUUUCAGCCACGGCGCGAUUCCCCGCAACUCCCUCAUGCAGCCGCGCAGCACCGGCAACAGCGCCAUCCCGCGCCUGCGCUCCCCGCCUUCCGCCGAGAAGCAAUCUGCAGCCGCCACCAGGCCCAGCCAAGUCCCGAUGCUGUCAUGGCUCCGCAAGGCCGCCCAGAAGCUUUCCCAAACGGCCAGCAAGGCGCCCGAAAUUACCGCAUCCCCGUACACUCCGGCAGAGGCCUUUGCGCCGACGCUGCAGCACCUGACGCCCAAGCGGCCGCCAACAAACACCGACGCGGUGCAGCAGUGCCCGCGGCCCCCCGCGGACGUCCCCCCGAUCACCGCCGUUGCUGACAUCACCGCCGAGGCUGACGUCAGCGGCAUCGACGUGUCAUCCCCGCCCGCUGACAUCAGCGAGCCGGCCCCGGCCCCGACCGCGCCGUCGCCGGCCGUGCAGCGGCUGCGCGCGCUGCGGCAGCGGGCGGCCAGCCCGGAGGCGGCGCGCAAGCGCCGCUCCGCGCUGCGCGCCGCCGCGCCAGACAGCGCCAGCUCGCUGAACAGCGCAAGGGGCGCCCGCGGCAAGGACCAGGCCGCGCGGCGGCGUACCUCCCUGGCCGGCAUGGAUCUGGGCGCCAUAUUGCUGUCGCCUGACAAGGCCGCCUGCCUCGCCUUUGCCUCCACCAAGAUCGAGACGGCGGACAGCAUCGCGCAAGCGGCGGCCACGACCGUUCUGCGCGCUAUCCCGGAGCUCCAGCUGCUGCUCAAGGACAUCGGCAGCUCCAACCGCGACGGGUACCUGCACCGGGGCAAGCUGCGGUGCCGGCGUUGGAUGGUGAGCGCCAUGAUCCCCCGCACUCGCGAGCUGCUGAUGCACGUUCGCCAGCUCAGCCAACUGGCUGUGGAUGACCCUGGCGCCCGAGCGCGCGUACGCAGAGCCAAGCGCCUGCUCAAGGAAUUGGCGUCGGCGGAGCAGUCUUUUGCGGACGUGUGCGACCAGAUCGCCAAGGCGGAGCGCUUCUUCCCUGUGCCGGGCAUCGGCCACGGCGAGCACACCGCCCGGGACACUGCUGCAGACGGCAAGGCGGGUGCACGGCAGUUGGAGGUGAGCCUACGUGCGGUUGGCGGGGCAAUGCAGGACCUGCAGCAGCUCUGGAUUGAGCUGGCCCCCCACUCCCCCUGGGCCAGCGCUGCCAAAGCAAUCAGGCUCUCUCCGAGCGUGCGCCUGACGGAUGCCAGAGGAAGCAUCCCUGCCAGCCUGGCCAGUGACAUCACCGGGGAUGUCAGCGGCGAAGAUGACCUCAGCGACGACGACGCCUGCAGCAAUGCGAGCGAGGAUGCCUCACCCGCUGCCAGCCCCUCGGAUGACUCAAGACCCGCAGAAGAACUCGCGCCAAGCCCAACAGCGAGCAGCCCAGCCAGCAUCACAAGGACAUCAGAGCACAUUGCCACAGGCCCAAAAUUAGCGCUCGACCUUGGCAAGGUGCAAGUCAGCGGAUACUCAUCCAGCGAGGACGCAGCUGCGUCACCAGAGCCCGACACAAUAUCAGGCUCUAACAAAGCCCCACUGCCGGACACAGCCACACCGACGAAGCUUCCGGCCGCUGCCGCACCGCAGCCGCCGCCGAUCCCUCAGGCGCAGCAGCAGCGCUACACGGCGUCGAUCCAAGAUGAAGCCGGUGAAGCCGAGGGGAUGACAACGCCCCCGCGCGCCGCCCGCCCCGGCCGGCCGGAAACUGCGCCGGUCGCCGGCCGUGCCGCGGCCGCCGCCGCGCCGUCGGGAGGGAACAGCGCGGCCGGGGAGACGCGCCAGCCGGAACCGCCGGCGCGCAAGCCGACGCGCAUUCCGGAGUGGAGCCCCUGCAGCACCCUCAGCAGCAGCGGCAGCAGCUCGGCGGCGUACUCUGGCAAUCUGAAGCUGCCGGGCAGCCGCGCCGGGUCCCCCAGCACGGUGCUCACCCCUGAGGCGGCCCUGAGGAGCGCCAAAACAGGCGGCACAGCCUCCGCCGACAAGGCCCGCCUCAGGGGCGUGAACGCUGAGCUGGCGCGCUUCUUCGGCUGCUCACCGAUUUUGCAGCCGCCAACCAUCAAGCUCACACGUAACAACUCCGCCAGCCCACCACCGGCCUCCGCCACGGACGAGGCAGGGCAAGCGCCGGUGAGGAAGGUGUCAUUUCCGAGCGGCCACAAGUAUGCCGGCCAGAUCAGCAACGGCACAAUGAACGGCCUUGGGGUGUACGCCUUCGACAGCACCCAAGCGCGCUACGAGGGAGAGUUUCUGGACGGAGCAUUUGAGGGGCUCGGGGCGGAAACAUUUGCGGAUGGCAUGUAUGUGGGCUCCUUCCAUGCCGGCCUGCGCCACGGCCUCGGGGUGUGCCACUACCGCAAUGGGGACUACUACGAGGGCGGCUGGCGUGCUGGGUUGCGCCACGGCAUGGGCAUGCAGCAGUGCGCCGACGGCUCCAACUACGUGGGCGGGUAUUGCGCGGGGCAGCGGCGCGGCUGCGGCAUCUACUCAUUCCCCAACGGCGACCGCUACGAGGGCGAGUGCGCGGCCGACGCGCCGCACGGCCACGGAGUGUACCGGUUUGCGGCCAGCGGCGCCGUGUUGGAGGGCUCCUGGGACUCUGGCGCCAAGCACGGCUGGGCCGUCGUCACCGUGGGCAGCCAGCAGUCCUACGGGCGGUGGGAGGCCGGUGUGUUGGUGAGCCUGGCGCCGCUGGAGCCGGACGCGGCGCUGGAGGACGGGGAGGAAGCUGAGCUGGAGGAUGACGAGGCGGAGGCGCGCGACGUGGCGGCCGAGACGGCGCGCACCGCCCGGGCCGCCGGCCUGCGCGCGAUCAAGAUCGCCGACGACCACUGGCGCGCUGCCGGGCCCAUGCAGGCGCGCCCUCUCCGCUCCCCCCACCCGAAUUUUUUUGAUGUGUCUUAG